CCUCCUAGACAGCCUCACACAACAAUGGCACAUAUUACACGAGCAAGACCCAAUGUCCUGAUCACGGGAACUCCCGGUACAGGGAAGACAACCACCGCCGAGACGAUGGCCAAAGAUCUGAACAUGACCCACCUUUGCGUAGGCGAUAUAAUCAAGCGAGAUGGCUUAGCGGGAGAGUGGGAUGAACAAUAUCAAACAAAUGUGCUAGAUGAGGAAGGCGAGGAUUCG